UCUUUGACAUUUGUUGCAAAGUGUUGGUAGACCUCAAUUCGUAAAUUCCAUAACUGAAAAAUACCAUAAUUUAAAAAGAAAUUAUAAUUCCAUAACUGAGUUAUACGUUGCAGUGCACGUGUCAGCUAUUGGUAGAUGAAUGGUAUAAAAGAGGCGCCACCGCAUAGGGAAGACCAAACGAAUUCAAAGUAUCUCCUCUCAAAUUAUCAUUGUGCAACAGCUUAAAACUCUGUUUCGUUGGCAAAUGAAAAUGAGUCUACUACACGGUUUGUUUUUGGUGCUAUUUAUCGUUGAAUUUUCGGAACUUCAAGGAAAACAUGGCUUUUUCUCGCAAGCACUUCUCAAGGGCGAAGCAAUUGAAAACAUGUCACAGGCAAAGUUUGUAGCAACAAUCUAUGCCCCUGCAAAAUUUUUGUAUGCAUUCAAAGACAAGUUAACUGAUGCCGAUAGAGAAAUGGGGGUUACAUGUACCGCAUUUAUUUUGUCAAAAACGGAAAUUAUCACGAAUGCCCAUUGUGUGGCUGGCGCUCCAUAUGCCUAUGUGGUAGCUGGUACGAAAGUUGCAUCAGACAAAAAUCAAAAAAUCAAAAUCAAAGUCGAAAAAGAGAACUUGGCAUAUCAUCCUCAUUUUGAUCAUUUAAUUGGUGGUGCAUUUGAUAUUGCCAAAGUUACACUGAAAACGCCGUUAGAAUUCAGCGAUACCGUUGGCAGUAUCAAACUCGUGGACAAGGAUUACAAAUUGAAUAACUCAUCAGAAGUGGUCACUGUCUAUGGGUAUGGCGUGUUGAAUCCACCAAUGAUAUUGAGGCGUUGCGAUGCGAACUAUAUAUCUGACGUCGAACGGGACAACACAUUCGACCUAGAUCAGACUUUGUACUUUACCACUAGCGAAGCUACGAACGAUGGCGAAAUUCUUACAUCUGGAGAUUCGGGUGGACCAGUCGUUUCAAAAACAAACGGCAAAAUCGUGGGCAUAGCUGUGGGUAUAAAUGGAACAACAGGUGGUCGCGGAAUGUUCCUUCCAAUUGCAUCAUUCCUUGAUUUUAUCCAUGAUCCAAAGAGCGUGAAACCACUUCCACCUUCGCUUACACCUAACGAAGCUAAAUUUAUGGCCGAUAUAGCGGUACCGGGAAAAUUUCUCACCGUUACCAAGGAAGCAUAUGCCGAUGCCGACGAAGAUGAUCAAAUACAAUUUAAUGCAAUCAUUUUGUCGGAAACUGAGAUUUUGACCUGUGCAGAUCAUGUGCACGGCGCCCCAUAUGUCUAUGUAAUAGUAAAUAAACUAUCAAGCAAUGCGACAGAAAUUAAAGUCACUGAAGACCAGAUAGAAAUUCAUGAGAAAUACGCAUUUCCUGGAUUGACAUUUGACAUUGCCAAGAUUACACUUAAAGAACCGUUGGAGUUCAACGACAACGUCGGCAGCAUCGAUUUGGUGGACAAAGAUUACAAAUUGAAUGACCCGUCUGAAAUAGUCUCUGUCUAUGGUGAUAUGAUAUUGGAUGGAACGGUGAGAACGAGACGUUUUGAUAUAAAUUAUUUGAAUAGUGACAUUUGUAAAUCGAAUUUGGGCGACCGAUUUGAUGCAAAUCAUUUGAUGUGUUACACUUUUGAUGAGAGUAAUGGAACUCCCUCUACGUUUGGAGGACCAAUGGUUUCGAAAAAGAAUAACAAACUCGUGGGCAUGACCAUAUUUCGUUUUCCUGAUAAUUCAGUUAUUUUUCAACCGAUUGCACCGUUGCUCGAUUGGAUCCGGAAGCCAAAGGUGAGACGUAAUAAUAGAAGAAGAAUAUAGGCUUGAAAAAAAGGGGUUUUAAGCGCCUGAAAAAGCUGAAUACCGUCUCUUUUUUUG